AUGGAGGCAGUUCAGUUUGGAGAAAAUUUAUUUCGUGUUUUUAUUAGAGGUCCUACAGGAGCGAAUGAAAUACCGUUCAAAGAGUGUGAACAAAAAUACAAUGCACUAAAAAAUGACAAACAAAAUUUUAUUUCACUUCACAUUUUAGUAUUACAAAAAAGCCAAGAUGUGAGUGUAAGAAAAUUUGCUGUAAAUCAAUUUUCAACUGAGAUCAUGAAAGGAAAAACAUCUGUUUAUGUAACGCUUGAUGAUGGUUUUAGAAACACAUUAAAUCAAACGCUUAUUGGAUUAAUGAAUUCAGAAAAUGAUUUUGGUGUUUUAAAUGGAUAUGCUAAUAUUAUUGGAAGAGCUUAUACUUCAAUGCAAGCAUUAAAAAAACCAUGGAACGAUGUUCAUAGAGCUAUUUUUGAAUGGAUUAUGAAUGGUGACUCUAAUCACCGUAUUCGUGCAUUUCAGAUUUUAACUGAAGACAUUUUAUAUUCACAGUCAAAAGAAGAAUAUAUUCAAUUAAUUCAACAAUACGUUCAAAUCAUACAAUAUGGUUUACAAAAACAUGAUAUUAGUUGGACAAAAGAUACAUUUAAAUUAUUCCAAGUAUUAACCCAAACGAGUGAUGUUGAAGCAGACGUUAAUAACCUUUAUAAAAUAUAUCCUACAUUUGUUGAAUAUAUUCAAGAAGCUAUUAAUACUAAAGUUAGUGAUGAUAUUGUGAGUGAUUUAUUAAGGUCUAUUGAUGAAUUAUUUGAAGAAGAAAAUGAAUAUGCAAUUCAAUAUAUUCCUAUAACUGUUCAAUUAUGUUCAGGUGUUUGUUUACAAUUUUCUAAUGAUGAGGAUGUUCAAUUAACUGCAUUUGAUGCUUUAUUAACAAUGUGUGAAAGGUUUACACCAGUGUUCAAACAGAAUAAAACAAUGUUGUAUGUUAUUUAUGAAGUAAUUGUAUUAUGGGUAUCUACAAUAAAAGUUACACAAGAGUGGUUACAAGAUAAUGAUAAUGAUGAGGAUUUAAUAUUAUAUAGUAGAGGGGUUGAAGGAUUAUCAUCCAUGGUAAGUUUUUUUGGAUCUGCCCAAACAAUGAACUUUAUUUUUCAACAUUAUUCAUUAGCAAAUGGUAAUUGUGAACAAAGACAUGUAUUUUUACAAUUUGUUUAUCGGUCAUUUGAAGGAUCAAAAAAACCAAUUCUAAAACAAAGUAUGAAUAUUUUUAAUAUUAUAUUUCCUUUUUAUUUAGACGAAUCACCAAGAAAUAGAAUUCUUGCAGUUAUUAUUAUAAAUAAAUUAUUUACAAUUGACCAAAAGAAUAGAAGUAAUUUCUUAUCUCCAUGUAUUCAAAUAAUUGCUAAAUUAUUGGCAGAUCCAGUUCCACGCAUUGUAUCAAGAGUAUGUGAUUUUGUUUCUUGUUUAUUAGAUAACAUAGACUCAAAUUUGAUGAAACCAUAUUUUGGAGAUUUAUUAAAAUGGCUAUUAUCUCUUUUGAAUUCAAACCAAAAAAAAGUAAUUUCUGAAGCAUUAUGUGCAAUAUCAUUUAUUGCCCUCAAAAUGAAGUUUAAUUUUGUUCAUUAUUAUCCAGAAGUACUUCAAGUAUUAAAAACAUUAUUAAAUAAUAUUGGAACAAAUCAAGAAUAUUAUGAAAUUAAAGGAAGACUUAUUGAAUGUUUAAGUGUAAUUGCAUUAGAACUAAAAGGAGAUUAUUGUAGUGAGUGUGGAAAUAUUAUUUUACAAGAAGUUGAUAAAGUCUUAAAAUUACCAAACAUAAAAAUUGAAGAUUCAUUAUUUGGGUUUGUUGAAACAUCAUUUACUCGUUUAGCAGAAAUUUUGCAAGAACGUUUUGCUCCAUUCCUUCCAACAGUAUUACAAAUUGUAUUAAGUCGUGCUCAAAUGAAUGUUAUUUGUGGACAAGAUGAUAAACGAACAGAUGACACAAAAAAUGUUUAUGUUGAUCAUAAACCAUUUUCUAUACAUACUGGAUUAACUGAUGAAAAAAGAAAUGCUGUAAAUUCAAUUUGUGAUUUUGCAAGUGACUUAAAGAGUAUAUUCUAUCCUUUUGCUCAGCCAUGUCUUGAAGUAGUAUUAAAACUAGUUCAAGAUCCAUUUGAUGAAGAUUUAAGGGCUUUAGCAGCUAAGUGUGUAUUUAAACUAUUAAAAGUACUUGAAUCAGGAAAAAUGAAAGAAAUUAAAAAUGAAAUUCAAGUCAAACAAGAAAACUUACCAACAGUAUUAACUUGUAUUAAUGUUAUAUUAGAUCAACUAAACAAAGAAAGGUUUGUAGAUACUAUAACUAAAAUACUUAAUUACUUAGAUUGUAUUAUUGAUUUUUGUCCAGAAAAUAGUAUUCCAGAACAAACAAUGGAUAAUAUUGUUCAAAUGAUAAAUACUUUGUUUAAUGAUGGAUGUAAUAGAAUUGUCGAUGAUGAAAAACAGUAUGAAGAAUUGGAAGCUAAACUUCAAAGAGAACCAAAUGAGGAAGAUGGAACAGAAUUAGAAGAAGGAAUUAAAGAACAAAAAAGAGUAGAGUCUAAUUUUAGAAUGCAAUUAAGGAUAUUUAUUUCUACUCUUUGUAAAACACAACCAAGGUUAUCUGUUAGUCUGAUUAAUAAAUAUAUAACUCCUCAGAUAUGUGCUAUAUUAAAUAAACAAAAUAUUAUUCCAUUAGAAAUGUCAUUCUGUGAUAUUAUACUUUGUACAGUUUCAACAGCUGCUAAUCAACCAGAAAUGAUUAAACAAUUAAGUGCAAUUUUCUUAGAUAGAAUUUCUAAAGGAAUUUGUGUUGAGAAUACAUUAUUAUAUUUAGCUAAAUUGAUUGAAUAUCCAAGUACAAAAGAGUUUAUUCCAAGAAUAGUUCAAAUAGUUCAACAAACGUUCCAAUUAAGAGAACAAAAUAAACGUUUAUAUGAAAUUGGAAUUCUUUGUUUUGGGAAAUGUAUUAUACAAGAACCUUCAUUGUUUGAUCAAGCAGUAGUGUCUAAUUGGUUAAAUGUAUUACCACUGACUCGAUUUGAUGAUGAAAUUAUUUUUAUUAUGUUUACUUUAAUUGCAAAGAAGGUGAUUAUAAUCAAUACUCAUACUAUGAAAAGAGUUUUAGAUAUAUUAAUCAGAACAAUAUCUGAUGGUUGUAUUGAUAAUAUUUCAUCAACGACAAAAGAAAUUGUUUCUUUUUAUAUUCGUCAAUGGGCAACUACAACAACUGAUAUUUUUAAUCAACUUAUUUCUUCAUAUAAUCCUGAAGAACAAGAGAUAUUGAAAGAACUUUGUAAUCCAACAAAUACAUAA